UGUUAGUAUAAUAUCCGAGGAGAGCUCCCUCCUCUACACUGGGGACAGCCGAACAUUGCCGAGAACUGCCGAAAGGGGAGACGAGACUCGGUUUAUUGUGUGUACUUCCUGGUCCAAUUAUAAUACUGUCUGUAUGCCUCCAUGAAACACGGCGCUCUGCCUCCCCUUCCCUCGCGUCCUAACGACGGCUGGGCGCGCAGAAACAACGCAUGUAGCUUCACCACAAUAUCAUUGAUGUCUCCAGAUAUCCGCAGCAGCCCCGUGUACACAGAUUGUGGUCGAUUUCGGACGUGCAAGCGACGCAACUCCUGCUUGGAAUCAAUUUUCCUUUUGUCUGCGCAACUGGCAUCAACAUUUUUUUUCUUCUUUCUCAUGUGUGAUCAGAGAUCGGGAAGUAAACACGCUGGCCUGCGCACAUGAUUAGAGGCGAGGUGAGAUUGAUAUAUCAGACUCAGAUUGUCCUUGAUCGCAAGUUGAUUUCACUUCGGAGCAGAGGAACUGUGGGCUCCAAUGGCGUCAGUUUCGAAGGUGUCUAUUCUGGAUUACUUUAAUAUUGUGUUUGAAGGUGAAAAUGGCAAAAUCGAGUCCAACUGCAAGGCGUGUGGCACCAGGAUCCAGGCGAAGCGGAGUGUCACGUCCAACUUCGUAACGCAUCUCAAGCGGAAGCACCAGGCUAUGUAUGAUGACUUUGUGAAAAGGAAGGAUAUGAAGAGAGAGGGCUACUCCUCCGGCUCCCUGCAUAGUUUCACCACAAAUGGAGGGAGCACCCGCUACACUGUCCCCAUCAGCACUAGAGUGGGAGCUGGAGGAGGAGGAGGGAGUGUUGGAGGGAUGGGAACUCUUGAGGGAGGAGUGGGAGGAGGCUCUGGAGGAGGGGUGACCAAGUUUGACAGGCAUGACCCACGACAGGUUCUGAUCUCCGAGGCGAUAGCUAAGAUGAUCGUACGUGAUCUGCAGCCAGUGUCCAUAGUAGAAAACCAAGGCUUCAGAGAGCUGCUUCAGCUCCUGGAGCCACGCUACACCCCCGAGCCCCAGCACUACAUCCAGAGCCAGCUCCUCCCAGCCUACGCCUACCAGGCCCAGCUUGCCACCCGUCAGGCCCUGACCUCAGCGCAUGCCCUCAGCCUCAGCCUGGAUCUCUGGAGGGGCUUAACUGGAGCCACUUCAGGGUACCUCGGUGUCACCUGCCAUUUCCUCACAUCUGAUUGGCAGAUGCGUUCAGCUCUCCUGGCGUGCCUCCCCCUGACUGGAGGCAGCUCCGGGAGCCGUGUGCUGUCAGAUUUUGAUGAAGUGUGUCACUCUCACGGCGUGUCAGGGAGGGCGUUUCGUGUGGUUGCGGACCCUUUUCUGGCAACGGCCACAGCAACUGUAAAGCCAUGUUGUCUGCCCGGUUUCCUGGUUUCACCUCCUCUUGCUAACGGGCAUGACGAGGAUGAUGAAGAAGAGGCGGACAAUGGUAACAAUGUGGAGGAGGGGAUCAGGAACGGUCACGGUGAGGAAGGAGAGGAAGGGGAGUGGGAGGACUCGUGGGAGCAGGGUCUGGGUGUUUGUCGAGUGGACUGUUUCUCUCGCUCCCUUGAACAGUGUGUCAGAGAGGGGUUACGCUCCUCUCAGCAGGUCACCUCCACUCUGGCCAAGGCUGCGUGUUUCUACAACUACAUUACCUCUGCUGUGCCACCUGAGAAGCUCAGCCAGGUGUUUGAUGGUCCUGGGUUGAGCAUGGGGGGACCAGGAAACACCCCGACUGCAGCAAGAGACUGGGCUGCUCAGCUUAAGGUGCUUCGGCGGCUGCUGGACUCCGUGGAGUUCCUGGAGGAGGUGAGUGGUCCGGGGGAGCUGGCGCUGGGUGGUUCAGAGAGAGCCCUGCUGAGGGAGCUCACUGACACUUUGGAGCCCUUCACUGAAGCCUGGGACAUGGUGCAAGGGGACAGACAGGCGGACAUACAGACGGACAGACAUGUCUCCAUCAGCCUGGCUCUGCCGUGCGUUCUCGGCCUCCGUAAGCAUCUCUCCGAGACGUCGACGCCCCACUGCCCCUCCCUCCUGGUGGGCCUCAGCCAGGCCGUAGAGCGCAGGCUGGCCCCCGUCCUGGAGGAUCCUCUCUACAUCACUGCCACCACCCUGGACCCCCAGUUCAAGCUCACUUGGAGCAGCAACCCUGACUGGCACAGACAAGUUCUCAUAGAGGAGUUGUCCAAACAUUCCACAGCCUCCAGCCCCACAGACCCCAACACAGACCUACACCCUCAAUCCCAAACUCCUCCUGCCCCAGCUCCAUCGCCAGUCUCCUCGCUUUCCCGGCCCUGUAAGCUGUUCUCUUUCAUCAAGCAGAGACCCACAACACAAGCCAAGAGCCUGGAGCAGGAGCUGGCCGUCUACCUACGAGAGGAGCCCACAGACGAGGAGGCUUUGCAUUACUGGCGGCGUAAGGCAAUUGACUUUCCUCUGCUCGCCCAGGUGGCAAAGCGGGCGUUCACUAUACCUGCUUGUGGCACUGUAGUCGAGAGCAUUUUCACUGCUGCUGGGCGCUGUCUGCGGCCAGAGAGAGGCCGCGUCUUACCAAAGAACCUAGAGACGCUCAUCUACCUCAAAGCAAACUACAGAUUAUUAUGGACUUAAAGCUAGCAGUCAGGCAUUUCUUUUACCAAAAUAACAACUCACGGCUUUAUACCUGCAGCAAAGUUACUUCUUGGAUACGAACGUCUGUUCCUCUCGAAGGGAAACUGAGCUAGCAGCAUAGCAUAGUCCUCAUCAUUUGACGUGAGAUGGAGUGAAUCACCCAGAGGCUCAGUUGUCCAGGAUUACUGUCUGUUCACCAUGUAGCCUGCAUACAGACUAUCAUACCACAUGCUGCGGACCAUGGGGACUAGAAGCAGAUCAAUACUAAAGCAGUUACUUCAACAUUAUUUUGCCUGGUCAGGGUCUUCAGACAACCGCAAGACCACAAAGCCUCCGCUCUCUAUCCUCUGAACCCCGAACACAGCUUGUGUCUGUGCACUGACAAACCAACAAUAACCAAAUGGUCAAUUACUGCAUACUGUAGCACAUGAUUUAUUUUCACUGAUAUACAAUAACCCUAGAGGUUGUGACUAAUUCAUUUGUUGUUUUUUUAAAGGAAAGCAUCAGCUGCUAAACAAUAUGCAUCAUCCACGUAUUCUUUUCUCUCUCUGUAUGUAUGCCUCUUGACUGGGACAUCAUAAUAAACGAGUUUCACUUCCUAA